AUCAUUUCGACCACAUCACCAUAUUGUUAUUGUACUUUGUUCAGACCUAUAUAUAAACAUGAUUGAUAGGUAUAUAAGGUUCCAUUGUAAUAGAUUGUCAGACGUUGGCUAUCAUACUUCAGAUAACAAGUGAAAGCAUAAUAAAGUCUACAUUUUUAAGUAACACCCGAACAAAUCGAGUUCCACAAUCAGGCCUAGGCCUACUGCUGUAGAAAGAAGAUGGCUUCAAUAUUACAAUGGCUAAAACCAUCUCAAAGAGAGACAUCAAGUGGAACAGACAUAACAAAGGUUGAUAUAGUUCCACCUGGUUUCAAAAAAGGAGAAAAACUUGCCUUCUACCUUGAUAAUGUCUUUACCAAAGAGGAAUAUGAUGAAUGGAUUCAACUUGCAGAAGAUAAAGGUUUUCAAGUUGCCAAGAUUAAUUCUGGCACAUCAGAGUACUUAGUGAGCAACUAUAGGAAAGGUCAUCGAUGUAUUAUUGAUUCUUUUGAGAUGCGGGACAAAGUGUGGGAGAAGAUAGCGAUGUUUAUACCUACAAAUUUUAAAACACAUGAUGUUGUAGGACUCAAUGAAAGAUUUAGAUUUCUUCGAUACGACAAAGGAGACUUUUUCAAACCACACUUUGAUGGUUCUUAUGUCCGUGAAAAUGGCAAAGAGGAAACCUUUAUCACUAUUCAAAUUUAUCUAAAUGAGGGGUUUUCUGGUGGAAGUACAACUUUUCUUUCAAAUGAUAAACGAGUAGAAUGCGUACCCAAAAUAGGUCGUGUCCUCGUAUUUGAGCAUCAUCUACUACAUGAAGGCUCUGAAUUAUUUUCUGGUCGCAAAUAUGCUAUUCGAUCUGACAUUCUAUACAAGCUGUAAUUUUAUGAACACUAUAUGUUUAUGGUACACUAAUUUGUAUAUACCACAUUAUGUAUAAUGUAUAUAAUUGCUACACCACUAGCAAAGGAAGAGUAAACAUUUUAAGUAUUUUUUUAUUCAUUUUUUAGUCUCUUAUUCGAUGAAAUUAUGAAAGUAAUAAUACUGUAUGUAUUAUCUAUUACUUAAUUUUUGAUAUGCUAAACUGUACUGUAGGAGUAUAGAAUAAUAUGCUAUAUUUUAGAUGUGAAUUAAGUGUAAUGCUAGAGUGACAAGAUAUUUGAAUUUAUUACACUUAUUAGAUAUACAGUAAUAUGUAUUUAUUUUUGUAUGUUUGAUAGCAUGACUUUCGAAAUUAUUUGUUAUUGUAAUUUGUGUAAUU